AUGUUUAUCUUUGUGCUAUUAUUUGGUGGACUUGCCCUUUGGCAGGCGGGAACAGCGAUAUACCAUCUUUGGUUUUCACCUCUCGCAAAGUUUCCAGGUCCCAAAUUGGCAGCAAGCACUCUUCUCUAUGAAUUCUAUUAUGAAGUCAUAUGCAGUGGACAGUAUACACGCCAUAUUGAAAAGAUGCAUGAAAAAUAUGGACCAAUUGUACGCAUUAGUCCAUAUGAAGUGCAUAUCAAAGAUCCUGAUUUCUGCGUGGAAGCAUUUUCUCCAGUCAAAAAGCUGGACAAAUAUGGCUGGUGGUAUAGAGUCUUUGGUGGACCUGGCGCAACCGUCAGUACCGAACAUCACGAUGUGCAUAGAAGUCGACGCGCAACGUUCAAGAACCUACUAUCUCCAGUCGCUGUUAGAGGCUUCGUGCCCACCAUUCUUGAGAAAGUGAAGCAAGCUGGUCUCAUCAUGAGCCAUCACGCUCAAAUGGGAAGGCCGGUAAACAUGUCAAACUUAUAUCGGUGUAUAGCAGCGGAUACGGUGUCGGCAUAUGCUUUGCCAGCUUCGCUGAACUUGCUUGACUCUGAAGAUUUGGGCGAGGAGUUUCAAUCUGGCUUGAGAUUGUUCUUCGAAGCAGCCACUACUAUGAGAUUUCUCGGAUUCCUUCAGCCCCUAAUGAUGAUGAUGCCCGAUAUCAUUUUCAGGCGAUUGUUGACUAACCCCGCGAAAUCGUUGAUAAAACUUAUCAGAAGAUUGGAGGCUUGCGUUGAUGAGACGAUCCAAAAGCCAUCCGACACGGGAAAAUCACGCUCAUGCCUUAUUGAAUGUAUCAAUUCCAACACCUACAGGGAGCCUGGGGCCUUCCAUGAACGUUUACUGCAAGAAGCAGAGCAGUUUAUUGUUGCUGGUACCGAGACGACCGGCUACGCAUUAUCCGUGACUACUUUUUAUAUCCUUCAAAAUGUGGAUAUUCAAAAGAAGCUACGCCAAGAGCUUGUCGACGCGCAGAUCAGCCUAAACGAGCAUCUCGACAUCACAGUCCUUCAGAAUCUGCCUUACUUGGUUAGUUAUUCUCCUUUGGGUAACCAUAUGGAUAUGGAAUUGGAAUUAGCAGUAGCCACAAGCUGA